AUGGCUGAAUCUUCAUGACCAACAAAAGCCAGAAGAAGGAGCAGCAUAGAUAAAUCACCUUCAUGUAAGUUAUACAGCUAUUUCUACACUAUUUAUAAACAAUGUGUAACUCUUUUUGUUCUAUCAAAUCUAGUUUCUCGUGACUCCAGCAGUCUCCUGUCUGAAGAUCAGCUGCAGUGUUCGAUCUGUCUGGAUGUGUUCACUGAUCCAGUCACCACUCCAUGUGGACACAACUUCUGCAAGAGCUGCCUUACACAACGCUGGGAGAAGAGUCAACACUGUCACUGUCCAUUAUGUAAAGAGAAAUUCACCAAUAGACCUGAACUGAAGAUAAAUAUAACACUGAGAGAGGUUGCAGAUCACUUCAAGAAGAAAAGUGGUCCUGACAAACCUGAGGUUCUUUGUGACGCCUGCACUGGAGAGAAGCUGAAGGCCCUGAAAUCCUGUCUGGAUUGUGUUCUGAGUUUGUGUGAAACUCAUCUAGAACCUCAUAAUCAUGUUCCAAGACUUAUGAAACAUAAAUUAAUAAACCCUGUGGAGAACCUGGAGGACUACAUCUGCCAGAAACAUGAGAGAGCUCUGGAGCUGUUCUGUAGAGAUGAUCAGACGUGUAUGUGUAAGUUCUGCACUGAAGGAGAUCACAAGAAUCACAACACUGUUCCUAUAGAGGAGGAGAGCAGAGAGAGGAAGACACAGCUGGGGAAAACACAGACAGAUGUGCAGCAGAUGAUUCAGGACCGACUGAAGAAGGUCCAAGAGAUCAAACACUCAGCAGAGCUCAGCAAAAGAAGCACAGAGAAAGAGAAAGCAGACAGUGUUGAAGUCUUCACUGCUCUGAUUCGCUCCAUUGAGAGAAGUCAGGCUGAGCUGCUCGAGGUGAUGGAGGAGAAGCAGAAAGCAGCAGAGAGGCAGGCUGAAGGUCUCAUUAAAGAGCUGGAGCAGGAAAUCACUGUGCUAAAGAGGAGAGACACUGAGCUGGAGCAGCUCUCACACACUGAGGAGCAUCUCCACCUCCUACAGAUUUACUCCUCCGUGUGCAGCCCUCCACACACCAAGAACUGGACUGAGAUCAGUAUUAACACUGAUCUGAGUGGGGACACUGUGAGGACAGCUCUGUCUCAGCUUCAGAAGACUCUGAAUGAGAAACUCACUAAAGCACUGGAUGACAAGUUAAAGGAAACAGUCUCCACAGAACUGAAGAGGAUUCAGCAGUAUGCAGGUACAGUGAGGUUUCUGAUUUCCUCUCAUAUUAAAAUGUACAUAUCAGCAUUACACCACUGCAUCAUCAGACUGAUUUUCAUCUGUAGAUCUCUCCAGCUAAAAGGAAGUCUUAAAGUGUCUCUCAUGAUCCUCCUCACUAUAGCUCCCUAUUACUGUCAUACACUAAAGCCCUUAAUUUACCUGCAAAGUCACAUCUCACUCUGUGUGUUUCUCUCAGUGGAUGUGACUCUGGAUCCUGAUACAGCUCAUCCAUAUCUCAUCCUGUCUGCUGAUGGAAAACAAGUGACAAAUGGAGACACACGACAGGAUCUCCCUGAUACACCACAGAGGUUUAAUAUAUGUGCCUGUGUUCUGGGAAAGCAGAGUUUCUCCUCAGGGAGAUUUUAUUAUGAGGUGCAGGUCAGAGGGAAAACUGAGUGGGAUCUCGGAGUCGCCAAAGAGUCCAUUAACAGGAAGGGGAAGAUUACACUGAGUCCUCAGAAUGGAUUCUGGACUGUGUGGCUGACGAAUGAGAAUCAGUAUAAGGCUCUUGCUGGUCCCUCUGUCCCCCUCACACUGAGAGAGAAGGUGGAGACGGUGGGGGUGUUUGUGGAUUAUGAGGAGGGUCUGGUCUCCUUUUAUGAUGUGAAGUCCAGCUCUCAUAUCUACUCUUUCACUGGUCAGUCUUUCACUGACAAACUCUAUCCUUACUUCAGUCCUUAUUUAAAUGAUGGAGGUAAAAAUUCAGCACCACUGAUCAUCUCUCCUGUAUUUAACACUGUAUGAAUUUUCACCUCAAAGAUAUAAUCGUUUAUUAAAUGGCAAGAAUAAAAAGAAAUAUUUUCCUUUUUCUAGUAAAUUUUAGAAAUACAUAUUCUCUUUUAAAGUGAUGUACAGUUUAUUUUAAUACUUGUUUGUUUGUUUGUUUUGGAUAAACAAAUAAUUUUAAUCAUUCAAUCUGUUUUUUACAUGUUAUGAUUGUGGAACUUUGUCACUAUACAUAUCAAAUAUGAAUAAAGAUUAUUUACAGUUCA